UCGAAUCAAACCGACCGAUUUAAUAUCUCAUCAUUUUCCCAUUUCCCUCUUUUCUAUAUUCUGCUUUCCCCUUUUUUUUUUUUUUCUCUUCCCGAGUUUCUCCAUUGUUGUUGUUCUUCUUCUUCUUCUUUCUCAAGUCCAUUUCCUCCGAAUCCCGAGACUCCCGACUUGUGUAUCCUUGUGCCUUCAACGGCGUCUUCUUAAUGAUCGAUCUUCCUCCUGCAUCUUCUCGUCGGCGUGAAAUCAUUUCCGGUGCUUGGCGAUGGCUUUUUCUCAAAUCACUUCCAGCGCGUGCUCUCCGGAUUUAAUGACUUUCUCAUGCUUCUUCUCAACGGUGUGAAGUGAAGAAAUGUGGGUAAUAUUCAAUUGGGUUUCUGCUGUAUUUUUUUCUCCUUUUUUGGGUUAAUGUGCUGUUGAUAAUUGUAGAAAUGUGAAAAGAAAUGUGGGGAUGAAUGUUGAAUGUCCUGUUAAUACUCACAUUUGUUAACCGUUGAUUGUGUGGAAAUUUGGUUUUGUUCUAUUGAUUGUGGAAUAUGUUGAAUUUGCUGGUGAAUGGACAAUGUUCAGUUGAUUGAGGAAAUCUGGGGAUGGAACCAAAUUUCAGUUCGGUUCAAUUAGGUCUUUAGGUCCGGUUUGAUUGUCAAAAUUUUUUCAGUUUUUCAGUCUCAUUCAUUUACUGUAGUUGUAGCCUGGCUGAGUUUCUGGGCUGGGACUUUUGCCUUAGGCUUUUGUUUGUAAAGCUUGUUGUUUAUGGGCCUAAUAUAGCUUGCACUGGCUUGGUUUAGGCCACUUUCUAAUAUAUUACAUUUUAUCUUCAGAAAAAAAAAAAAAAAAAACCCGGCUUCAUCUUCCCUCCCUUGUUUCAUUUACUUCACCACAGCUUCUCACUAGCUUAUACAUGGAAGAUCCAAAUAAUUAAGGAAUCCCCUCUUGGCCACCUUUGAGCCUUUCUUGCUUUGCAGAGACAAGUUCAGAAAGCGUUUCUGGGAGCAAGAAAGUGUGCAAUUCAAGGUCUUUGGAUGGUUUUUGCUUUUAUUUUUUCUAGUAGGCAUGAAAUAGUGAAAUGAUAGCAGAAAUAAAGGAAGGAAGACAAGCUGUUUGCCAAUAUGCUUGAGCCAGAUUCUAGUGCCUGCUGUUAUGGGAGUUUUAGGCAUAUACAUGAUCACGGAGUUAUUGCCUCUAUUUUUAAAUCCUGCGCUGUACUCUCAUCCAUAAAAUGGGGUAAGGCCCUUCACAGCAGCAUUCUAAAAAUAGGCCAUCUGUCCUCCCAUCAGGUGUCCAAAGCACUGCUUAAUAUGUAUGCCAAAUGUGGAGCUCUUAGUGAUUGUAAUAAACUAUUUAGCGAAGUGGGUUAUUGUGGUCAUGAUCCCGUCUUUUGGAAUAUCCUCUUAUCCGGGUUUGCUGGGUCUCGGAAUUAUGACGCUGAGGCCUUAAGUUUGUUCAAUAAAAUGCAUGUUGCCAAUGAAGCGAAGCCUAGUUCUGUCACCGCGGCUAUUAUUCUUCCCGUUUGUGCUCGCAUGAGAGAUAUAUAUGCUGGUAAGAGUCUGCACUGCUAUAUGAUUAAAUAUGGACUGGAGACGCAUACACUUGUUGGAAAUGCCCUGGUGUCAAUGUAUGCUAAAUGUGGGCUAGUUCACGAUGAUGCAUAUGCGGCUUUUGAUAGCACUAGAGACAAAGAUGUUGUUUCGUGGAAUGCCAUCAUUGCUGGGUUUUCUGAGAAUAAGUUGGAGGACAAUGCCUUAAGUUUAUUUAGUUUGAUGCUGAAAAGUCAAAUAAAACCAAAUCAUGCAACUGUCGCUAAUAUUCUGCCUGUUUGUGCAUCUUUUGAUAGGAGUAUUGCCUACUGCUUUGGGAAAGAGAUACACUGUUACUCCCUGCGGCACCAUGUGUUGUUGGCAGAUGUUUCUGUCUGUAAUGCUUUGGUGAGCUUCUACUUGAUAGUUGGACGAGUAAAGGAAGCACAAUUGUUGUUUCAAAGGAUGGAAUUCAAAGAUUUGAUUUCUUGGAAUGCUAUCAUUUCAGGAUAUGCUUUGAAUGGUGAGUGGUCAAAAGCUUUGGAAUUAUUUGGAGAAUUACUUUCUUCAGAGUUGAGUGGACCAGAUUCUGUAACCCUCAUCAGUAUUCUUCCUGCCUGUGCGCACCUUAAAAACUUGAAGGUUGGUAGAGAGAUCCAUAGUUAUGUUCUUCGACAUCCUUACUUCUGUCAGGAUACAUCUAUUGGGAAUGCUAUAGUUAGUUUUUAUGCAAAAUGUCACAACAUAGAAGCAGCAUACCAUACAUUUUUAAUGAUUUCUAAUAGAGAUUUAAUAUCAUGGAAUUCUAUGCUUGAUGCUUUUGCAGAGGGUGGACACAAUAUUAGGUUUUUGGAAUUGUUACACUGGAUGCUUAAGGAAGGGAUUAGACCUGAUUCCAUUACCAUCUUAACAGUUCUUCAUUUUUGCGCUUAUCUCUUAAAUGUAGAUAAGGUUAAAGAGACUCAUUGCUAUUCACUUAGGCAUGGUCUUUUACUUUCUAAUGUUGAACCUUCUACUGGAAAUGCUAUGCUUGACACAUAUGCCAAAUGCAGUAACAUUGAAUAUGCAUUUAAGGUUUUCCAGAGUUUAUCGGAUAAGAAAAAUUUGGUUACUUUUAAUUCAAUGAUCUCAGGCUAUGUAAAUUGCGGAUUAUAUGAUGAUGCAUAUACGAUUUUCAACAAGAUGACUGCCACAGAUCUCACUACUUGGAAUCUAAUGGUUCAAGGGUAUGCUGAAAAUGAUUGUCCUGAUCAGGCUCUUGGUCUGCUCCAUCAGCUUCAAGCUAGAGGAAUGAAGCCUGAUGCAGUUACCAUUAUGAGUCUCCUUCCAGCUUGUGCUCAAAUUGCAUCAGUACAUUUGCUGAAGCAAUGUCAUGGGUAUGUGAUUAGAGCUUGUUUUGGUGAUGCCCACUUAGAAGCAGCUCUUUUGGAUGUAUAUGCUAAAUGUGGCAGUAUAAGUUAUGCUUCUAAGCUUUUCCAAUCAAACACAGGGAGAGAUUUAGUUAUAUUCACUGCCAUGGUUGGUGGGUAUGCCAUGCAUGGUAUGGGAGAGGAAGCACUUAGGAUUUUCUCUCAUAUGCUUGAGUUGGGAAUAAAGCCAGAUCACAUUAUCGUAACAGCUGUUUUAUCUGCUUGCCGUCAUGCUGGCCUUGUGGAUGAAGGGUUGAAGAUAUUCUAUUCAAUAGAGAAGCGACAUGGAAUGAGUCCGACCAUGGAACACUAUUCUUGUGUGGUGGAUCUCCUUGCACGGGGAGGCCGAAUUCAUGAUGCAUAUUCUUUUGUGACUGGAAUGCCUGUUGAAGCUAAUGCAAGCGUGUGGGGGACAUUGUUAGGUGCCUGCAGGAUGUAUAAUGAUGUGGAAUUAGGACGUGCUGUUGCAGAACGUCUAUUUAAAAUUGAAGCAAAGAAUAUUGGGAACUAUGUACUUCUAUCAAAUCUGUUUGCAGCAGAUGCAAGAUGGGAUGAUGUCAUGGAAAUAAGAAAACUAAUGAAAAUGAGAUACAUAAAAAAGCCAGCUGGAUGCAGUUGGAUUGAAGUAGAGAGGAGAAAGAAUGUCUUUGUGGCUGGAGACUCUUCUCACCCUCAGAGAAGCAAAAUUUACACUAUAUUAGGCACCUUGGAUUUACAAAUCAAGGAAUCAUUUCAAUUAAACCAAUAAACCAAAGGCUAGGCUCUUAUCAUUCAGAAUGCUGCAAGUGAAGGAAGGUUGAGUUGUUUAUAAAUUCUGAAAGGCAGAAUUCUACCACUUUGGUGUGCACAUAGACGCCUCUUGAAUGACUCUAAUCACUGAGAUUCAACAAGAAGGUAAUGUGGUAUAACCUAAAGUAACAAAUCCCCGUUAGAAAAAAGAAAGGGUAGCCUCAAAAAAUUUGCAUUAGCAACCUUUGUUAUCUCUUAGUUUGCUGUGAAGGAGUUUUCGUGCAUCUAUACAAGAAGUGGUUUUGCUCCUAGAAGAUUCUAAAUGUAGCAACAAUUCUUUAAGAAGAGUCACAAAACAAGUGUAUUACCUACUUUAGAAGAACAAUAUUGCUGUGAUUGACGUUUUACUUGUGUUGUUGA